GAUCGAGCAUCAGAGUAUCGAGAUCAAUCGAGUAGAGCAACAAAGCAUCUGAAGCAGCGCAGAAGAUCGAAAAUUUCAACGAUGAAGUUCUUUCUCGCUACCUUCGCUAUUUUGGCUGUGCUCGCAUCCGCUUCAGCGUUCGUAAUUCCCGACGGAGGUGAAACUGAGCACCGAAACGUCAUAGUUCGACUCGAGGACGUUGAUUCGACUGGUGGCAUCGACGUUGGCCCUACAGACACGACGAUUAGGCACAGGCGUUUAACCUGUGACUUGUUCUCGUUCUCGUCAGGCGUUGUAACACCCAAUCACUCUGCGUGUGCAUUGAAGUGCAUCGGUAUGGGCCGAGCCGGUGGCCACUGCGAAGGCGCAUCGUGUGUCUGCAGAUCUGACUCGUGGGUACCUUGGUAAGAGAUGGGAAAUCGUUGGUGCCUGGGAAAAAAGGCUACAAAUCGCUGACUCAAUAAACGUGCCUCGUCGCCCAGCAGCCGAAUCGCCAUCCAAGCUUACCACAUGCACAACUUUUUUUCAUAUUAUUUUUCACUAUUUGUGUGGAAAACUAUUCACUUUCGGCUCUGCUCUACCAGUCAGUUCGUCUUGCAUCUUUUAUACACUUUGCACCCUCAUUAUUUUCAAUAAAACCCUCGAGAACGAUUUAUAAUGGUAAUUUGUAUAAAACAUGCUCAAAUAAACCAACUUUAUCAAA